AUGCCUCAGCCAUUGAGCUCUAAAGAUGGCUCAUUAUUUCGCCAAGUAGUGCGACUUUGUGAAAAUAAACAAUACAAGAAGGGGCUUAAGGCUGCCGAACAGAUUUUGCGCAAAAAUCCUAACCAUGGCGAUACGAUAGCAAUGAAAGCUCUCAUGGUAAACUAUCAAGGGCAAUCGGACGAAGCAUUUGGGUUGGCGAAGACAGCUUUGAAGAACGACAUGAAGUCGCAUAUCUGCUGGCACGUUUAUGGUUUGCUGUAUCGUGCUCAGAAGAACUACGAUGAAGCAAUUAAAGCGUACCGAUUUGCCCUCAAGCUCGAGCCAGAGUCUCCGCAGAUCCAGAGGGACCUGGCAUUCCUUCAGGCACAAAUUCGGGAUUUUUCUGGCUACGUACAAAGUCGUACAGCCAUGUUACAACAAAAACCGGGCAUCCGUCAAAAUUGGACUGCAUUAGCGAUUGCGCACCAUCUAUCAGGCAAUUUGACAGAGGCAGAAAAUGUGCUAACGACCUAUGAGGAAACGCUCAAGACGCCUCCCCCAAGAACCGAUAUGGAGCAUUCAGAAGCUGUUUUAUAUAAGAAUUCGAUAAUCGCGGAAUCGGGCAACUUGGAAAAGGCACUUGAACAUAUUGAGGCAGUUGGCGACCAAUGUUUUGACGUUCUGGCUGUCAUGGAAAUGCGAGCAGAUUAUCUUUUGCGAUUGGGCCGAAAGGACGAGGCCGUGGUUGCAUAUGAGGAACUUUUAGAGCGCAAUUCAGAAAAUUCGCAGUAUUAUGAUGCUUUACUCAAGGCAAAAGCUAUUGAUAAGGAAAACCACGCGGAGUUGAAGGCGGUCUUUGAUUAUUGGGCCGGAAAAAACCCACGAAGCGAUGCACCCCGCCGAAUACCCCUUGAAUUUCUGGAAAAGGAUGAUUUCCGCCAAGCAGUCGAUAUUUAUCUUCAGCGGAUGUUGAAGAAGGCCGUUCCUUCCACCUUUGCAAAUAUUAAAUCAUUAUAUUCCAACACUUCGAAACGCGAUAUCGUUCAGGAACUUGUCGAAGGAUAUGCAACUGAAGGCCUUAGCACUAAAGCAAAUGACUCAGCGGAGGAUUCUAGUAAAGUAAACGACAAUUUUUUGAGCGCUGUGUACUACUUUCUUGCCCAACAUUACAAUUAUUAUCUCAGUCGCGAUUUGGAGAAAGCAAUGGAAUAUAUUGGCAAAGCAAUUGAGCUUGUUCCAACAUCUGUUGAUUACCACAUGACAAAGGCAAGAAUAUGGAAGCAUUACGGCAACCUUCCGAAUGCCGCUACAGCUAUGGAUGAGGCGCGAUUAUUAGACGACAAAGACCGGCACAUCAAUUCGAAAGCUGCAAAAUACCAGCUACGCAAUGACGAAAAUGACAAGGCGCUGGACAUUAUGAGCAGAUUUACGCGAAACGAACCUUCUGGAACUCUUGGGGAUCUUCUUGAAAUGCAGUGCAUUUGGUAUUUGACAGAGGAUGCCGAGUCGUAUCUUCGUCAGCGAAAAAUUGGCCUCGCACUGAAACGAUUCCACGCCAUUUAUGAGAUAUUUGAUAUUUGGCAGGAGGAUCAACAUGAUUUCCAUAACUUUUCGUUACGUAAAGGUAUGAUCCGGGCCUAUAUCGAUAUGAUACGAUGGGAGGACCAGUUGCGAUCACACCCAUAUUACACGAGAGCCGCGCUUGGCGCUAUAAAGACGUACACUAUGCUUCAUGACGAACCCGACCUCGCACAUGGGCCAGUUCCUGUUGCUGUUAACGGCGUUGAUGGAGACGAGGACAGUGCCGAAAGAAGGAAAGCGCUCAAAAAGGCAAAAAGAGAACAGCAGAGGCUAGAAAAAGCAGAAGCUGAGAAGGCGAGAAUGAAAAAGGCUGCUAGCUCCACCGGCGUUACGGAAGGCAAAGUAGAAGACACAGAUGCGCUGGGGUCCGAUCUAGCCCACACGCAGGACCCCAUGAAGGAGGCGAUGAAAUUCCUAACACCGUUAUUGGAGAUGUCUCCCAACAACCUUAAAGUGCAAAUUGCGGGCUACGAGGUUUAUAUUCGAAGAAAGAAAUAUCUCCUCGCUUUGAAGUGUCUUCUUGCUGCACACGCCAUCGAACCAUCCAGCCCUGCGUUGCACAUACAACUCGCCAAAUUCCGAAAAACCCUCAACAGCCUAUCUGAACCUCUCCCGUCUGAAGUUCAAGAAAUCCUCUCUUCCGAAUUCGAGGCUAUCCUCCCAGCAUCCCAGGAUCUCUCUGCCUGGAACGAUACCUAUCUCAGCAACAAUAGCUCGAGCAUGUCGCAUGUGCACGCAGCUCUUACUGUCCGACGAUUAGUCGACCCAGAGAAAAGCGCUCAAACGGAGAAGGACCUUGCGGCGUCUAUUGACUCAGACGUCGCAUCCAUGGAGUCCGCGCUGGCGGGUCUCCACCUGCUCGACGACUGGCGCAGCGGAUCAGAGACCAAGUCGUUGUACAUAGAUCAAGCGCACAAACGGUGGAAGGAGGCGUCGAUGUUCCAGCAGUCCUAA